GUUGCGCGUUCCCAACUUUUUGCGCUCGGCUUGGGAAGGACAGCUACAACGUCUCCAACCCGUUCAAAAGCCAACACCUCCCUCGUCAUAUAGCAUCUCUGAGCAUCCGAUUGUCUCUCUCAUCAUUCCUUCCAUCCUUGCUUUAUCACCCUACCGAUAAAGCCACCGUCCGAGUUCACGAGAAUCAGCUACAAUGUCGGAGAGUCACUGGGUAGACUGGAACAAAAACACGCAGUCCAAGGACUAUCGUGGUUCUGGUUCCUUCUCAACCUUCAUUAUCAUCGGUCCCGUCUGUUUCUUCCUUGGCAUACUCUUCGCGCAGUUUCCCUAUGACUUCCCGUUGCUCUGGACCUCGGAGCCCGUUCAGGCCACGUACUACGACUUCCUCGAGACGCACGUCAAAUUCCUCCACGCCUCGCCUCUCAUCAUCUCGCGCAUCCUCAACAUUGUCAUCUUCGUUGGCCUCCUCGGAUUUUUCAUGAAGCUCUUCCGACCGGCCGAAUCCAACGUGUUGUUCGACGGCGCGUCGCUCAUUCUGUACGUCAUCGGAGUGGGCGUCUACUCCAGCAACAUCGUCAAGGGAAUGCGCACCAUCACUGCUGGCAUCUGGGACAUGGAAGACUUUGCUGGCAUCAAGCACGACGGCCCCGUCUCGGGCGAGGUCAUUCUCGGCAGGGAGGAUACUAUGAAGGUGCUCAGCGCUAGCAACACCAUUUUAGCCAUGGUGCUGGUAGGAGUCCUGGUCUUGCAGGCUGGCCAAUGGUACGCCGAGUCUAAGGAGAAGGACGACUUUGCCAAGGGCGAUAAGAAGGAUAAGAAGAAUGAUGGCCAGCAGCAACAGCAGCAGCAGCAGCCCCAGCCAGUGGAAGACAAGAAGUCGCAGUAGAAGCGUUUCUUCAUCAAGUUUGUAGGUUUGUUUUGGGCGCCAAGUGGUGAAAGGGUGUUCAUCGGUGCCGUCGGAAAGCUCCGAAGGCUCAAAUCAGUGUACGGGGGUG